AUGUCUGCCCUACGUAUACUUGUCCCGGUCAAGCGGGUAAUUGACUAUGCUGUCAAGCCCCGCGUCAACAAGGCCCAGACGGGCGUCGAGACCGCCGGCGUCAAGCACAGCAUGAACCCCUUCGACGAGCUCUCGGUCGAGGAGUCAGUGCGCAUCCGCGAGAAGAAGUCGGCGCCGGGCGGGGUCGAGGACAUCUGCGUCAUCAGCGCGGGCCCUCCCAAGGCGCAGGACGUGCUGCGGACGGCGAUGGCGAUGGGCGCCGACCGGGCGAUCCACGUGGACGUUAAGGAGGGCGAGGACCUGGAGCCGCUGACGGUGGCGAAGCUGCUGCGGAAGGCGGUCGAGGCGGAGAAGAGCAACCUGGUGAUCCUGGGCAAGCAGAGCAUCGACGACGACGCCAACCAGACGGGCCAGAUGCUGGCGGGCCUGCUGGGCUGGCCGCAGGCGACGCAGGCGAGCAGCGUCCAGUUCGGCGAGGGCGACUCGGUCAGCGUGACCAAGGAGGUGGACGGCGGCGUCGAGACGGUCCGCGCGAAGCUGCCCAUGGUGGUGACGACGGACCUGCGGCUCAAUGAGCCCCGGUACGCAAGCCUGCCCAACAUCAUGAAGGCAAAGAAGAAGAAGCUGGACAAGAAGACGCUGGCGGACUUUGGGAUCACCAACGAGCGGAGGCUGAAGGUCCUCAAGGUCACGGAGCCCGCACCGAGGCAGGGUGGCGGCAAGGUCGAGGAUGUGAACGGCCUCGUGGCGAAGCUCAAGGAGCUGGGCGCCAUCUGA